AUGGGUUUAUCAAAAGGCAGAUUGAAAGCAUGGUUCAACAAGAAAAUCACCGAUCCCCUUCUCCAGAUCUUGCGUAGAGGUACUGAGCCUAAGCAGCUUGCUUUCUCCGCCGCACUAGGUAUCACUUUGGGGAUAUUUCCGAUAUGUGGUGUUCCUGUGGUUCUAUGUGGAGUAGCUUUUGCUGUUCUUGGAUCUGCUUGUCAUGCUCCAACUGUGAUGUUGGCUAAUAUCAUUGCCACUCCUGUUGAAUUAGCUCUCGUGGUGCCUUUCCUACGACUUGGUGAAAAAGUCACUGGUGGACCUCAUUUUCCUUUGACAUCAGAUGCCUUAAAGAAGGUUUUCACCGGCCAAGCCUCUCAGGAAGUCUUUGUAAGCAUUGGUAACGCGUUACUAGGGUGGCUCGUAGCAACUCCAUUUUUCUUCAUUGGGCUAUACGUUAUCUUUCUUCCAUGUUUCAAAAUCCUUGUCCGCAAGUUCGGCGACGGUGCUUCGAACACAAAGACAUCUACGAGUAUGGAGACUGAGCUGAACCCAAAGCCAAGAGUUGCUUAA